AUGAACACCGUAGCUAAGAAAUGCUCUCACUCUCGCGAUUCCAUCGAAGAAGACGAAGACGAUCAUGCAUUGGAUGCAAUGCUAAUAGAGUUGGGUAUCCCGACUACCAAUCACACGAAGAAAAACGUCUCGAUUGAAGUAAUUGAGCUCAUAACACCUCCUCGAAAUUCCCCUCCAGCUAAAAAACGAAAGCAGAAUAUUAAUCCUUCUGUUGUAGACCUGACCACGUCGCCCUCGUCAUUAUGUCGAUCGAACUCUCUACCAAAUAGCACAAUGUGUGCUCCAGUACAAGAAACAAUUGAAGUAGAAGACGAACAACAGCAGGACGAAAUUUCAUUCUCGUACUCGCCAUCCGAGUGUCCACCUCCUUUUGUAUAUUUUCUUUCAUCUGAUACAGAACAUUCACUUGUUUCUUCUUCUCCAAAAAAAGUGUCGCCAAAUUUGCCAUCAACUACGCGACGACAAAUUUUCGAAGAUGAGAGAAUACAAAGCGAAGAAAAACAAGCGAGGAGACUGUCAGGAAAGCUCGAAGAUUUACAUUUUGAAACAUUAAGAAAGACGACCGAGACGACAAGUACUACUACUACUUCUACGGAUAUUACUACUACUACCACUACUACUGCUGCUGCUGAUUCGUUUAAGGCUCCUGCUGACUCAACAACAGGAGCUCUGUCUUAUAGGGCAGCAGGUGGUAAAGGUAGAGGUGCGGCUGAUGUGAUUGCGGUCGUGCAGAUGGAAAAAUCGUUAGAUACGUCGGUAGCAGGAGAAACAAUUCGAGACGCGUUAAAAAGUCAUGUGUAUAAUGGUAAACCAGUGCCUUUUACAGUGGCCACUGCACUGAAUUGCAUACUGCCAGGAGUACUUCGAUGGGAACGACGAGGAAGUGGUACUUCUUAUUAUUCAUGUGCAAUAUACUACGAAGCGGGUGUAUAUCUUAAAUUGCUUCAGAUGAAGAGCUAUAUGGAAUUGAUUGGUGCCGUACAGUACCUUAAAACAUUGAUACCGAAGACGGAACUUGGGGUUGAGAUACCUCGUCGAUUCGAUGAAGAGUCUAGCAAGUUCUUUAUCAUUGUGGAAGGCAUGGACCAUGCGCUGAUUGAACUAAAAAAGCGACAAACGCAAAAGAAAGGAUCUACCUUGGAUAAAACUUCAAGAACCACUUUUCCCAUGACCACUUUCGCGGACCUACAUGAGGUGGCAUUUCAGUUGUUCAUGGAUGUAGGCGUACAUACAAAGUUCACGUCUGACCUUGAUGCUACGGCAAACUACAUUGCUUUGCUUACUCGUGAGUUGGUGGUUGCAUCAUCGCGUGCAUCUGCCCUUGAGGAAUCCCUGGAGGCCGUACCUCGGUAUAACUCAUUUCGAGUAACCCACACAGGGGCCACGGCAAGUGCGUGUGCGAAUGCUUGGCUACGAAUGCUCCAAGUAAUUCCAGGUGUGAGUGAGGAGAAAGCGCAAUGUCUUCUUGACCAUUUCCCCACAUUCGACAGCCUCAUGCAAGCGUAUCGUGACCCAAAUUUGUCGCGUACACAGAAACAGGAUCUUGUCGCUGACAAAUUGCAUGAUGCUCGAAUUCAGCGAGCUCUCUCGAAGCGCAUUUACACUGUCUUCUGCGAGGAGAACCCCGAAGCUUUGAUCAGCGCCACUACGCAUAAGAUUUAA